UAAAAGAUUGAUUAAAUAAUCCAAGGUAGUCCAUCUGCCGGGAAAUCCGAUCACAUAGAAAUGGAUUUAUAGACAAAUAACUUUUUAUGUGUUGAAUACAAAAUUCCGCAGGUAAAUAAACACGCCAGUUUUAUUAGUGUUGGACUUUAGAUUACAGUCAUGACGAAAUUUAGUGUUCAAUUAAUCAUUUUGGUUUGGAUUAUUUUUCUGCUCUUCGAAAUAGACAAUGCGUUAAAAGCUCCCCAGAUUCUACCACCUAUACUGGUAGUAGGAAAUAAGGCAACAGUGUGCUGGAUUAUAGACGAGGCGUCAGAUGUUGUUAAAGGCUUUCAAUUAACUUAUGAAAUUAUUGGUGCAUCGGGAAAUUUUAACUUAAAGUUAACAAGGAAUAUUGAUGGGCUAAAAAGGAGUUACACGAUUCGUGGAUUAAUUCCGCUAUCAACGUACAAAAUAUUCAUGGUUACCAUAGGUAGUAGUGAUGUCAGCAACGCAAGCGCAAUUGAGUUCACAACAGAUUUACCAGAAAACAGACUACUUAGAAUAGAAAGAAGUGGUGUCUAUCCUGAGGAAGUAAUUUUUAUUGCAAUAGUAGUGGUAGUCUGGGUAAUUGCAGUUAUUGUGUUUUUAAAGCAAUGGAACAGUAUAAGAAUUUUAGAACCAAUUGAAAUUCGUUAUAAACAUGCACCAAAAAAUCUAGAGAACAUCCGAAUUGUGAAACGGACACAAGACAGUGUUAUCUACAAAGGCUAUAGCCGGAAGUUAUCAAUAACAAUGGUAGAAAGAGAGAAAAGACGACUACAGAGAAUGAACACAGCACCCGUGCUUCCGGUUACAGGACGCAUGAUAUUAAAUACAUUACCCACAAUUCAAAUGGAAGAUAUGACUACAGAAAUGUAGGAUGUUGUUAUAUGGUGCGUACUUGUGGUAAAUGUGCGAGUUGCGUAAACGUGAUAAUGUGUUCAUGAAUUGCUAUUUUUAUUGUUAUAUUUUGUAAUCCUAUACAUGUAUAAAAUGCAUUCCAUACUUCCCUUUGUACGUACAUCAGGGCUGUUAUUCCUGUCUGGGACUGUCUAUACAUUAGGGCUGUUAUUCCUGUCUGGGACUGUCUAUACAUUAGGGCUGUUAUUCCUGUCUGGGACUGUCUAUACAUUAGGGCUGUUAUUCCUGUCUGGGACUGUCUAUACAUUAGGGCUGUUAUUCCUGUCUGGGACAUU